CCCACGGACGCCAUGUUGAAUCAAUAAUUUUGUGUAGGAGCGAGGAGACCAGCGACUAAGUUCUAAAAAAUCAAGUUUAUCGUCAAUAAACCCCAUGAAUCUGAAUUUAAUGUACCGUGGAAGAAAAGCCGUUGCCACACUGAGGUAUUUUUCCUGCAGUUGUAACGUUGACUGGUUGUGAAACACAAAGGCGCUUGUUUUUUUGACGAUAUUUCGGGCAUCUGAAUUUCGCGUAGGAACUAAGGCGGGCCCUCGGCCUAACUGCUAGAUCCAGAAUCAAGAUGGGGGAUGGAACCGAUGCAAGAUUUGAUUUUAUCUCAGAGUACAUUCUGAAAAGCUACAAACUAAAGCCUGACAAAUGGGCCAAAUGCAUAGGUGUAGAGGACAACAAGCUUCUGAUUCAAGAAUUUCUGGAAAAAGCCGACAUUCCACAGAUUGUCUUCACGGUCAACGCCGCUGGUUUAAUUACACCGUCCUCAGAUUUUCCAGAGACCCUGAAGAACACCAAAGCAAUCUAUUUCAUCAAGAAGAGUAAGGAAGCUCUUGGAAAGGACAACUUCAAACAGAACUUGGUGUAUGGUGAUCUGUCAUAUUCGCCUCUGGAACAGCUCUCUGCUCUUGUUGACGAGGUACUUGUACCCCUCCUGUCUAACCCACGGAAUCACGAGCAGUGGCCCUACGUGGUCUCCCAAGAUGUUUUGAGACAUGUCCAUAACUUGAAGAGCAGCGUGUACGUGGUAGCUGGCCAGGUCAAAGGAAAGACACUCCUGCCGCUGCCCGUCGGUUCCGAGAAAGUGGAAUGUGCCGCGGAAGCAGAAGAAAAGGAUGACUCCUACGACAGAAGCCUGGUACACUCCAUCGAGUCUGUCAUUAUCGAUUGGACACAUCAGAUCCGAGAUGUGCUCAAGAGAGACUCGGCUCAGCCGUUGCUGGAAGGCCUCAACCCAGGCCCCUUUGUGGAGAUUCAGUUCUGGAAGGCCAAGUGUGAGAACUUGGAAUGUAUCUUCCAGCAGCUACGCGAUCCCAAGGUGCGCAAGAUGAAAGAGCUCCUGGAGAGAACGGAGAGCAGCUACCUGCCGUCCUUCAAGAACAUCGAGAGGGAUGUUGAAGCAGCCUUGACUGAGGCCCAGGACAUCACCAUGUACCUGAAGCCACUCGGGGGUCACAUCGAGGGCUUUGAGGAGGUGGACUUCCCCGAGUUGCUCCCCAAGCUCAAACCCCUGAUGCACGUGGUCUGCCUGAUCUGGAGUAACUCGGAGUACUACAACACGGCGCCCAGGAUCAUCGUACUCCUGCAGGAGAUCUGCAACUCGCUGAUUGAGCAUUGUCGCAAUUUCCUGUCACCGGACGAGAUCUUCAAGAUGGAAUGUGAGGAAUCCCUGGAGAAGGUCCGGGGAGCCCUGGCCGUGCUGCGAGGCUACAAGGACCUUUACGAGGAACACCGGGCCAAGCUGAAGGACUACUUCAAGGACGGCCGGGAGCCCAUCCUCUGGGAGUUUGCCCCCUCCAUGGUCUUUGCCCGCUUGGACAAGUUCUUGGAGAGGUUGGAAAUCCUCGAGAAACUCUUUGAGACCAACGUUGAGUUCACCAAGCUGGAGAAGACGGAGAUGGGAGGCAUGAAGGGCCGAAUGCUGAGUGUACAGGUGGAGAAAAUCCACGAAGAGUUCCAGGAAUAUGUCAAGGUCUUUGCCGAGCGGAGCUAUGAUGGCUUGGAUCCGCAGUGCCAGGAGUUCAUAGAUGACUAUGAAGUCUUUGAAAAGCAGGUAUAUGACCUGGAUCGUCGCCUAGGAGCUAUCCUCUGCCAGGGUUUUGAUGACUGCUCUGGUCUGGAAUCAGUCUUUAAGAUGUUGGACUGUUACGGUCCAAUGCUCGACCGACCGGUCAUCAGCGAUGACUUUGAACCCAAGUAUCCCACUCUGCUGACCAUGUUCGACGAGGACCUGGACAACGCCAAAGAAGUGUACGACCAGCAGAUGUCGUCCAUCGCCCAGACGGACGGACAGCCGCCCCUCAACAAGAACAUGCCAGAAAUGGCCGGGGCUCUGAAAUGGUCGAAGGAGCUGGAACAUCGCAUCAGCAACCCCAUGGCUUCCUUCAAGCACAUAGAACACCCGAUUAUCCAGUCAGAUGAGGCCAAGACGAUCUUCACCAAGUAUGAAGAAAUGAUGGACCUCCUGGGCAAAUACAAUGACAGGGUCUACAAGGAUUGGACCGCUGGCGUGGACGACAUCUGUAAAAUCAAUCUCAACCAGCCUCUCAUCACCCGUAACAAGGACACCGAUCUCAUUACCGUCAACUUUGAUCCCAAGCUUGUCGCUGUCCUCCGUGAGGUCAAAUACCUCCUGAUACGCGAGCAGGAUGGCAUCCCGGAGAGCGCGGCCGGCAUCUACAGCAAGCACGAGACGCUGCGCAAGUUCAAUGCCAACCUGGACCUGACAGUGGCCUGGUACAACAAGGUACGGGAGAACGUGCUGGAGGUGGAGUUCCCGUUGAUCGAAGGCCAGCUGGCCACCAUCGACCAGCAGCUGAAGCGGGCGGAGGCAGACCUGAGCUGGGAGGCAGAGAGCGUGUGGGAGUACAUCCAGGAGACCCGGGACCAGGUGCACGACCUGGAGAAGCGGGUCCAGCGGGCCAAGGACAACGUGGACCUCAUCAAGAAGAUCAUGGAGGAGUGGUCCAAGACGGCGCUCUACGAGCGCAAGGAGCUCAAGGACUCGGCACUCCUGGCGUUGGAUGACCGGGAAGAAAGGCUGAACAAAAGAUACAAUGAAAUCACUGCUGACGGAGAAAAAAUACACACAUUCGUCAAGGAAAACUGUGAGCUGUUCAAAGCCGACCCCAGCAGCGAUAUCUGGAAGGCGUACAUCGAUUAUGUAGACGACAUGCUCGUUGAUGGCUUCUUUGCUUGCAUCAACUGCAGCAUGACCUACAUGCUGGAGAACACAGACACUAAGUGUCUGUCACCGCUCUUCGAAGCCAAACUAGAACUGCAGGCUCCUGACAUGGUGUUUGUCCCGUCGCUAGACUAUGGUGUCGCCGACGGCUUCUACGACCUUGUUGAGAUGCUGAUCAGUGACAUCUACAAGAUGGCGUCCCUGGUGAAGAGGUUAGCAGAGCACAAUGGCUCCGAACAUUACCAGAGUGACCUGGAAGAGAUGCUGGAUCUCCAGGACAUGAGGCAAGAGUUGAUGGACCGCGUCAACACCAUCAUGAACAAGGCCCAGGAGUACCGCAAUUCCUUUGAUAACUACGCCUACCUGUGGGUGGACGACCGCAAAGAGUUCAUGCGGCAGUUCCUGCUCUACAACCACGUGCUAACCACCGAGGAGAUCGAGGCUCAUGCGGAGGAUGGGGUGCCCGAGUGCCCGCCGACGCUGGACCAGUUCAAGGAGCAGGUUGACUCUUACGAGAAGAUCUACAGCGAGGUGGAUGAGAUUGGUGCCAUCCACGUCUUUGACACAUGGUUCCGUGUGGACGGCCGACCGUUCAAGCAGGCCCUGCUCAACAUCAUCAAGAAAUGGAGCUUCAUGUUCAAGCAGCACCUGAUCGAUCAUGUGACCAACAGCUUGAGCGAACUCCAAGACUUCAUCAAAACGGCCAACAGUGGCCUGACGAAGCCUGUGGAGGAAGGCGACUACAACGGCCUGGUGGAAUGUAUGGGUCACCUGAUGGCGGUCAAGGACCGACAGGCGGCCACCGACGAGAUGUUUGAGCCACUCAAGCAGACCAUCGAGCUGCUCAAGACCUACGACCAAGAGAUGCCCGAGGAAGUCCACACGCAGCUGCAGGAACUACCCGAGCAGUGGAACAACACCAAGAAGAUUGCCAUCACCGUCAAGCAGCAGGUGGCACCCCUGCAGGCCAACGAGGUCUCCAUCAUACGCAGGAAGUGCACGUCAUUCGACGUCAAGCAACACGAGUUCAGAGAGAAGUUCCGCAAGGAAGCGCCGUUCAUCUUCGAUUUCAAAGAUCCGUACCGGGCUCUGGACGAGUGUCACAUGACGAUCUUUGAGAUGGAGAACGAGAUGGCCAAGCUGCAGGAGUCGGCAGGCCUGUUUGAGGUGAACGUGGCCGACUACAAGCAGCUCAAGGCCUGCCGCAAGGAGGUGCGACUCCUCAAGACGCUGUGGGACAUGAUCAUCAUCGUCCGCUCCAGCAUUGAUGACUGGAAGACCACCCUCUGGCAGCAGAUCAAUGUAGAGCAGAUGGAGAUGGACUGUAAGAAAUUUGCCAAGGACAUCCGCUCCCUGGACAAGGAGAUGCGGGCCUGGGAUGCCUACUCGGGGCUGGAGUCCACCGUCAAGAACAUGCUGACCUCGCUGAGGGCCGUCAGUGAGCUUCAGAACCAGGCCAUCAGGGACAGACAUUGGCAGCAACUCAUGCAGGCCACAAAGGUGAAGUUCGUCAUGGACGAGGAGACCACACUCUCGGACCUGCUGGCCCUCAACCUGCACAACUUUGAGGACGAGGUGCGCAACAUCGUGGACAAAGCCGUCAAGGAGAUGAGCAUGGAGAAGGUGCUGAAGGAGCUGGACGCCACCUGGUCCACCAUGGAGUUUGAGUACGACAAGCACCCGCGGACGGGUAUCCCUGCGCUGCGCUCCAGCGAGGAGCUAAUCGAGACCCUGGAAGACAAUCAGGUGCAACUCCAGAACUUGAUGACCUCCAAGUACAUAGCCCACUUCCUGGAGGAGGUGUCCGGCUGGCAGAAGAAGCUGUCCAUCGCCGACUCGGUCAUCAGCAUCUGGUUUGAGGUGCAGCGGACCUGGUCCCACCUGGAGAGCAUCUUCAUCGGCUCCGAGGACAUCCGCAGUCAGCUGCCAGAAGACUCCAAGAGAUUUGACGGCAUCGAUGCUGACUUCAAGGAUCUGAUGAACGAAGCUGAGAAGACACCAAAUGUUGUGCAGGCUACCAACAAAGAGGGACUCUUUGAGAGACUGGAAGGCCUACAAGCAAAGCUGACCAUCUGUGAGAAGGCCCUGGCUGAAUAUCUGGAGACCAAGCGGCUGGCCUUCCCCCGCUUCUACUUUGUGUCCUCCGCCGAUCUGCUGGACAUCCUGUCCAACGGCAACAACCCUACCCUGGUGCAACGCCAUCUGGCCAAGCUGUUUGACAACAUGGCCAAGCUGAAGUUCCAGCAGGACGACGAAGGCAACAACACCAAGGAGGCACUGGGCAUGUACAGCAAGGAAGGGGAGUACGUGGACUUUGAUGCGCCCUGCGAGUGCGUCGGCCAGGUUGAGGUGUGGCUGAACCGUUUGAUGGACACCUCCCGUUCCACCGUCCGCAACCUCUUCAACGAGGGCGUCAACACCUACGAGGAGAAGCCGCGAGAGCAGUGGCUGUACGACUUUGCCGCCCAGGUCGCCCUGGCCUCAACCCAGGUCUGGUGGUCCACAGAGGUCAACAUCGCCUUCGCCAGGUUGGAGGAAGGCCACGAGAACGCCCUGAAGGAGUACAACAAGAAACAGAUCCAGCAGCUCAACACCCUGAUCAACCUCCUGGUCGGCGAUCUGUCCAAGGGCGACCGGCAGAAGAUCAUGACCAUCUGUACCAUCGAUGUGCACGCCCGUGACGUGGUGGCUAAACUUGUCUCCAACAAGAUUGAGAACUCCCAAGCUUUCCAGUGGUUGAGCCAGCUUCGCCAUCGUUGGGACGAUGACCAAAAGCACUGUUUUGCCAACAUCUGCGAUGCCCAGUUCCGAUACUCUUACGAGUACCUGGGCAACACGCCUCGUCUCGUCAUUACGCCUCUCACUGACAGAUGCUACAUCACCUUGACCCAGUCCCUACAUCUGAUUAUGAGCGGGGCACCGGCUGGGCCGGCCGGUACUGGCAAGACCGAGACCACCAAGGAUCUGGGCAGAGCCCUGGGCAUCAUGGUCUAUGUCUUCAACUGCUCCGAGCAGAUGGACUACAAGUCUUGCGGCAACAUCUACAAGGGUCUGUCUCAGACGGGCGCCUGGGGCUGCUUUGACGAGUUCAAUCGCAUCUCGGUGGAGGUGCUGUCCGUGGUGGCCGUCCAGGUCAAGUGUGUACAGGACGCCAUCCGAGAUAAGAAGUCACGAUUCAACUUCCAGGGCACAGAGAUCAAGAUGGUGCCCACAGUGGGCAUCUUCAUCACCAUGAACCCGGGCUACGCAGGCAGGACCGAGCUGCCUGAGAACCUCAAAGCCCUCUUCAGACCCUGUGCCAUGGUGGUGCCUGACUUUGAGCUGAUCUGCGAGAUCAUGUUGGUGUCGGAGGGCUUCCAAGAGGCCCGGCUGCUUGCCCGCAAGUUCAUCACCCUGUACACGCUGUGCAAAGAGCUGCUCUCCAAACAAGAUCACUACGAUUGGGGUCUGCGUGCUAUCAAGUCGGUUCUUGUGGUGGCAGGCUCCCUCAAGCGCGGCGACAAGGAGCGGCCCGAGGACCAGGUGCUCAUGCGGGCCCUGCGCGACUUCAACAUCCCCAAGAUCGUCACCGACGACAUGCCGGUCUUCAUGGGCCUGAUCGGUGACCUGUUCCCGGCCCUGGACGUGCCCCGCAAGCGUCAGCUCGACUUCGAGAAGCUGGUCAAGAAGUCCACCGUGGAGCUGAAGUUGCAGGCCGAGGACAACUUCAUCCUCAAGGUGGUGCAGCUGGAAGAACUGCUCGCCGUCCGGCACUCGGUGUUCGUCAUCGGAAACGCCGGCACAGGGAAGAGCAAGGUACUGAAGGUGCUGAAUCGUACCUACUACAACAUGAAACAGAAACCAGUCAUGCAGAUCCUGAACCCCAAAGCCGUGACCAACGACGAGCUCUUUGGCAUCAUCAACCCAGCCACUCGGGAGUGGAAAGACGGCCUGUUUUCCGUGAUCAUGCGUGACCUGAGUAACCUCACCCACGAUUACAACAAGUGGAUUGUUCUGGACGGUGACAUAGAUCCAAUGUGGAUUGAGUCGCUCAACACCGUUAUGGACGACAAUAAGGUCUUGACCCUUGCCAGCAAUGAACGUAUUCCCCUAACUCCAUCCAUGCGUCUGCUGUUCGAGAUCAGCCACCUGCGGACGGCCACGCCGGCCACCGUGUCCAGGGCUGGUAUCCUGUACAUCAACCCGUCUGAUCUGGGCUGGAACCCGGUUGUGACCAGUUGGAUCGAAACCAGAGAGGUGCAGUCGGAGCGUGCCAACCUGACCAUCCUCUUUGACAAGUACCUGCCGCCCGUGCUGGACACGCUCAGAAUCCGAUUCAAGAAGAUCAUUCCUAUUCCCGAGCAAAGCAUGGUACAGAUGCUGUGCUACCUGCUGGAGGUGCUCCUGACGCCGGAGAACACGCCCCCCGACUGCCCCAAGGAGCUGUACGAGCUGUACUUUGUCUUUGCCAGCAUCUGGGCCUUUGGAGGAGCCAUGUUUCAAGAUCAGUUGGUGGAUUACCGUGUGGAGUUCAGUAAGUGGUGGGUGACUGAGUUUAAGACCAUCAAGUUCCCCGGCCAAGGGACCGUCUUCGAUUACUACAUCGACCCCACCUCCAAGAAGUUUACCCCUUGGACCGAGAUGGUGCCCAAGUUUGAGCUGGACUCCGAGAUCCCCCUGCAGGCUGUGUUGGUCCAUACUGCAGAGACCACCCGCGUCCGUUACUUUAUGGACCUGCUCAUGGCCAACGGUCGCCCUGUCAUGCUCGUAAGCAACGCCGGUCUUGGCAAGAGCGUACUGGUCGGAGACAAACUGAACGCCUUGUCGGAUGACUUCAUGGUGGCCAAUGUGCCCUUUAACUACUACACUACGUCCGAGAUGUUGCAAGGCGUCCUGGAGAAGCCCUUGGAGAAGAAGGCCGGCCGCAACUUCGGGCCCCCGGGCACCAAGAAGCUGGUCUACUUCAUCGACGACAUGAAUAUGCCAGAGGUGGACACGUACGGCACCGUGCAACCCCACACGUUGAUCCGCCAGCACAUGGACUACAAAUGCUGGUAUGAUCGGACUAAACUCUCGCUCAAGGAGAUCCACAACUGCCAGUACGUGUCCUGCAUGAACCCAACCGCCGGCAGCUUCACCAUCAACUCCCGUCUCCAGCGCCACUUCUGCGUCUUUGCCCUGAGCUUCCCCGGUGCCGACGCCCUGCAGCACAUCUAUAGCAGCAUCCUGACCCAGCACUUGGCCAUGAUCAGCGCCCCCCAGGCCAUUCAGAAGAUGGCUGGCACGGUGGUCAACGCCGCCCUGGAGCUGCACAAGAAGGUCGCCCAGACCUUCCUGCCUACGGCCAUCAAGUUCCACUACAUCUUCAACCUUAGGGAUCUGUCCAACAUCUUUCAGGGUCUGCUUUACUCCACCCCCGAUUGCCUGAAAACCCCACUGGAUUUUGUACGUCUGUGGCAACACGAGGCCACCAGGGUGUACGGUGACAAGAUGGUGGACGACAAAGAUAUUGAGACCUUCGAGAAGACGGUGCAAGACUAUGGCAAGAAGUACUUUGAGGAUGUGGAUGAGAAAGCCCUGACUGCCAAGCCCAACAUCUUCUGCCACUUUGCCAGCGGCAUAGGAGACCCCAAAUACCUGCCUAUUCCAGACUGGCCAGACCUCAGCAAGCUCCUGGUGGAGGCGUUGGACAGCUACAACGAGAUCAACGCCGUCAUGAACCUGGUGCUGUUCGAAGAUGCCAUGCAGCACGUCUGUCGCAUCAACCGCAUCCUGGAGUCACCCCGUGGCAACGCGCUCCUGGUGGGCGUCGGAGGCAGCGGCAAGCAGAGUCUGGCCCGUCUGGCGGCCUACAUCAGCAGCUUGGAGGUCUUCCAGAUCACCCUCCGGAAGGGCUACGGCAUCCCUGAUCUCAAGCUUGAUCUGGCCUCGACCUGUCUCAAGGCCGGCCUGAAGAACAUUGGCACCGUCUUCCUGAUGACAGACGCUCAGGUAGCCGACGAGAAAUUCCUGGUCCUCAUCAACGACCUGCUGGCCUCGGGUGAGAUCCCCGGCCUACUGGCUGACGACGAGUUGGAGAACGUCAUCGCCGGGGUCCGCAACGAGGUCAAAGGUCAGGGCCUACAAGACACCAGGGAUAACUGCUGGAAGUUCUACAUUGACAGGCUGCGUCGCCAGCUGAAGGUGGGUAUGUGUUUUUUUACGCCCUUGGUGAAGUCACGGUUCCCAGCCACGCUAUCAUGCUUUGGUAUUUUUGUUUUUCCUUGUUUUUCACAUCAUCGAUUGCCGUACAUUAUUUGCCGAUUUCAGCCGGAACUGAAAGGCUCGGUGGCCGAGUUCAUGGCCUACGUCCACACCAGCGUGAACGAGAUGAGCAAGAUCUACCUGCAGAAUGAGCGGCGCUACAACUACACCACUCCCAAGAGCUUCCUGGAGCAGAUCAAGCUGUACCAGAACCUGCUGGGCCAGAAGAGCAAGGAGCUGACGGCCAAGAUGGAGCGUCUGGAGAACGGUCUGACCAAGCUGCAGAGCACCGCUCAGCAGGUGGACGACCUGAAAGCGAAGCUGGCCUCCCAGGAGGCGGAGCUGAAGAUCAAAAAUGAGGAUGCUGACAAGCUGAUUCAGAUUGUGGGAGUAGAGACGGAGAAGGUCAGCAAGGAGAAGGCCAUCGCCGACGAGGAGGAGAUCAAGGUUGCCGCCAUCAACGAAGCCGUCUCUAAGAAGGCUAAAGAGUGUGAGGAGGACCUCGCCAAGGCCGAACCGGCCCUGAAGGCUGCCCAGGAAGCCUUGAAUACGCUGAAUAAGAACAACCUGACAGAGUUGAAGUCGUUCGGCUCCCCACCGACCCAGGUCGUCCUCGUAACAGCUGCAGUGAUGGUCCUCCUGGCUCCCAAUGGCAAAGUGCCCAAGGACAAGAGUUGGAAGGCCGCUAAGGUCAUGAUGGCAAAGGUGGAUGCCUUUUUGGACUCGCUCAUCAAUUACGACAAGGAGCACAUCCAUGAGAACAGCCUGAAGGCCAUGCGGCCCUACCUGGACAACUCCGACUUUGACCCCGAGCUGAUCCGCAGCAAGUCCCUGGCGGCCGCCGGCCUGUGCUCCUGGGCCAUCAACAUCGUCCGGUUCUACGAGGUGUACUGCGACGUGGAGCCCAAGCGUAUCGCCCUACAGAAGGCCAACGAUGAGCUGCAGGCUGCCCAGGAGAAGCUGGCUCUCAUCAAGGCCAAAAUCCAGGAUCUGGAUGCCAAUCUGGCCGAGCUGACGGCCAAGUUUGAGAAGGCCACCGGCGACAAGCUGAAGUGCCAGCAGGAGGCCGAGGCCACCAGCUUGACCAUCACCCUGGCUAACCGUCUGGUGGGUGGCCUGGCCUCGGAGAAUGUCCGUUGGGGUGAGGCAGUGGCCGCUUUCAAAGAAGCCGAAAAGACACUGCCUGGUGACGUGCUCCUGAUCACUGCCUUUGUGUCCUACAUGGGCUGCUUCACCAAGAGCUUCCGUGUUGAGCUGAUGGAUAACAUGUGGCUGCCCUUCAUUAAAGCGCAGAAGACGCCAAUCCCCACCACUGAGGGCCUGGACCCGCUCAGCUUGCUGACAGACGAUGCCACCAUUGCCAGCUGGAACAACGAGAGCCUGCCCAGCGACCGCAUGUCCACCGAGAACGCCACCAUCCUGUCCAGCUGCGAGCGCUGGCCGCUCAUGAUCGACCCCCAGCUGCAGGGCAUCAAGUGGAUCAAGACCAAGUACGGCGAUGAUCUGCGGGUGGUCCGGCUGGGCCAGCGAGGCUACCUAGACAUCAUCGAACGCGCCAUCUCCAACGGGGACACCGUACUGAUUGAGAACAUGGAAGAGUCGGUUGACCCGGUCCUUGACCCCGUACUGGGACGAAACACCAUCAAGAAAGGAAGGUACAUCAAGAUCGGCGAGAAGGAGGUUGAGUACAACCCUCUGUUCCGCUUGAUCCUGCACACCAAGCUGGCCAACCCCCACUACAAGCCCGAGAUGCAGGCCCAGACCACCCUCAUCAACUUCACCGUCACCCGGGACGGUUUGGAGGACCAGCUACUGGCAAACGUGGUGGCCCAGGAACGACCCGACCUGGAGAAACUCAAGUCGGACCUGACCAAGCAGCAGAACGACUUCAAGAUCAUCCUAAAGGAGCUGGAAGACAACUUGCUGUCCCGCCUCUCCUCAGCCGAGGGCAACUUCCUGGGCGACACCGCCCUGGUGGAGAACCUGGAGACCACCAAGCGCACGGCCGCCGAGAUCGAGGUCAAGGUGGAAGAGGCCAAGGUGACGGAGGUCAAGAUCAAUGAGGCCAGGGAGCUGUACCGGCCAGCGGCCGCACGAGCCUCCUUGCUCUACUUCAUCCUGAAUGACUUGAACAAGAUCAACCCCAUCUACCAGUUCUCCCUCAAGGCCUUCAAUGUGGUCUUCUCCAAGGCCAUUGAGAGAGCCGAGCCGGCGGAGGACGUCAAGGAGCGCGUCAUGAACCUGAUCGACUUCAUCACCUACUCCGUCUUCAUCUACACCACCAGGGGGCUGUUUGAGCAGGACAAGCUCAUCUUCACCACCCAGGUUGCCUUCCAGAUUCUUCUGAUGAAGAAGGAGAUCAACCCGUUGGAGUUGGACUUCCUGCUGCGCUUCCCCUCCCAGGUCAACGUCACCAGCCCCGUGGACUUCCUGUCCAACUCAGCCUGGGGUGCCAUCAAGUCCCUCGCCGCCAUGGAGGAAUUCCGUAACCUGGACAGGGACAUCGAGGGCUCGGCCAAACGCUGGAAGAAGUUCGUGGAGAGCGAGUGCCCAGAGAAGGAGAAAUUCCCCCAGGAAUGGAAGAACAAGUCCUCCCUGCAGAAGUUGUGCAUGAUGCGGGCCCUACGCUCAGACAGAAUGACCUAUGCCGUCAGAAACUUCAUCGAGGAGAAGUUGGGCACGAAGUACGUGGAGAACCGCCCCAUGGACUUUGCCAAGUCCUUCGAGGAGACGGGGCCGGCCACGCCUGUCUUCUUCAUCCUGUCGCCGGGCGUGGACCCGCUAAAGGACGUGGAAGCCCUGGGCAAGAAGCUGGGCUUCACCUUCGACAACAAGAACUUCCACAACGUGUCGCUUGGUCAGGGCCAGGAGAUUGUGGCCGAGCAGUCCAUGGACCUGGCUGCCAAGGAAGGCCACUGGGUCAUUCUUCAGAACAUCCACUUGGUGGCCAGGUGGCUGAGCACCCUGGAGAAGAAGCUGGAAGCCACCGGCGAGGGCAGCCAUCCUGACUACCGUGUCUUCAUGAGUGCUGAGCCAGCCGGCACUCCAGAGAGCCACAUCAUACCACAGGGCAUCUUGCAAGCCUCCAUCAAGAUCACGAACGAGCCCCCCACGGGCAUGUUCGCCAACCUCCACAAGUCCCUGGACAACUUUGACCAGGACACCCUGGAGAUGUGCGCCCGGGAGGCCGAGUUCAAGGCCAUCCUCUUCUCUCUCUGCUACUUCCACGCCGUGGUGGCCGAGCGCCGUAAAUUUGGCCCGCAGGGCUGGAAUCGAGUCUACCCCUUCAACACCGGCGACCUGACCAUCUCCGUCAACGUGUUGUACAACUACUUGGAGGCAAAUUCUAAGGUACCGUGGGAGGAUCUGCGUUACCUGUUCGGUGAGAUCAUGUACGGGGGUCAUAUCACCGAUGAUUGGGAUCGACGUUUGUGCCGGACCUACCUUGAGGAAUACAUGCAGCCGGAUAUGCUUGACGGUGAGGUUUACCUGGCCCCCGGCUUCCCCAUUCCCCCCAACUCGGACUACGUCGGUUACCACCUGUACAUUGACGAGGUGCUGCCCCCGGAGAGCCCGUACCUGUACGGUCUGCACCCCAAUGCCGAGAUCGGCUUCCUGACCACCACUUCCGACAACCUCUUCAAGGUGGUGCUGGAGAUGCAGCCUAGGGACAGCGGGGCUGGAGCAGGCGCAGGCACCAGCCGUGAGGAGAAGAUCAAGGCUCUGCUAGACGAGAUCAUGGAGAAGCUGCCAGACGAGUUCAACAUGCUGGAGAUCAUGGGCAAAGUGGAGGAGCGGACCCCGUACAUCGUGGUGGCCUUCCAAGAGUGUGAACGCAUGAACAUGCUCACCUCUGAGAUCAGGCGCUCCCUCAAGGAAUUGGAUCUCGGGUUAAAGGGCGAGCUUACCAUCACAUCAGACAUGGAGGAACUUAGCAACGCCCUGUUCUUGGACCAGGUGCCAGCUUCCUGGAGCAAGCGAGCCUACCCGAGCAUGCUGGGUCUGUCCAGCUGGUACGCCGACCUGCUGCUGCGCAUCAAGGAGCUAGAGAGCUGGACGGCCGACUUUGCCCUGCCCACUGUGGUCUGGCUUGGUGGCUUCUUCAACCCCCAGAGCUUCCUGACGGCCAUCAUGCAGUCCAUGGCCCGCAGGAACGAGUGGCCGCUGGACAAAAUGUGCCUGCAGUGCGACGUGACCAAGAAGAACAAGGAGGACUUCAGCAGUGCCCCCCGGGAGGGGGCCUACGUCCACGGACUCUUCAUGGAAGGGGCUCGCUGGGACACCCAGACGGGGAUGAUCGCCGACGCUCGCCUGAAGGAGCUGACUCCCACCAUGCCGGUCACCUUCAUCCGCGGCAUCUCAGUGGACAAGCAAGAGACCCGUAACAUUUAUGAGUGUCCGGUGUAUAAGACCAAGCAGCGUGGGCCCACGUUUGUCUGGACAUUCAACCUGAAGACCAAAGAGAAGCCAGCCAAAUGGACGCUGGCCGGAGUCGCUCUGCUGCUCCAAGUCUAACCAGGAAUCUCCCAAAAUGCAGACACCAUUCAGAAAUGGAUACAAAUUCAUUUGUUCUUUUCGCGUGUUUUUUCAUCCAUUCUAUACAAAGAUUGAAUUUUUAAGGACCAAAAAGUUUUCCAGAUUUCUGAUGUUGAAGAAAGUGUUAUCUUAAUGUUUUUGUUUGACCAAACAUUUCGUUAGCAAGCUUUAAGUGUUCUGCUUUCUAUAGUCAGCUCAUACAUUGCAGAUGUUAUGGUCUAGAUUAUGGCAUACGUUGCAGCUGUUAUGGUCUAGAUUAUGGCAUACAUUGCAGCUGUUAUGGUCUAGAUUAUGGCAUACGAAGCAGCUGUUACGGUCUAGAUUAUGGCAUACGUUGCAGCUGUUAUCGUCUAGAUUAUGGCAUACGUUGCAGCUGUUAUGGUCUAGAUUAUGGCAUACGUUGCAGCUGUUAUGGUGUAGAUCAUAGUAAACUUGCCGUGAAGUGGAGACAGCAAGGUUGAAACUGGACUCAUUUAUAGUCUAGAGGAGUAAUUUACAAUACAAUGCUCUACGGAAUGUUCUUUUUUGGUAAUGUGCAGUAUCAAACACAGGUGCAUUUGAAGCCCUGUGAACUCACUCAAUGUUCUCCACGAAGAUGUAUCUUUGAAAAGGUUAGUCAAACAAAAACAAAAUUGUAAAAAAUUGCAAAGUCCUCAAUACUCUACAAACAGCAUUGAAAUGAUUCAACUAAAUGUGGCACAUUGUAUUGUAGAUCACUUGUGCUGAAUGUAGAUAGCGCAAUAAGAUUUGCUUAUCAAAAUGGAUUUGUGUAAAGCACAGUUGUUCCACAGCAUUAUUUAAAUGCAAUAAGGUGCCGUUUGGGAUUGUUUACCCCUAACAGUCCUCAAUCGUUCACCUGUUGGAGGACUGAGGAUUGUUAGGGAUAAGGGACCAUUGAAAGUACAAUGAAUAAUCAAAUAUGAUUUCAGCUGGAUUGACAUAAGUAACUUCAUUCUGAGCAUGAUGCAAAAGAUAUCCAGUGUAUUUUAAAGAAGCCGCGUGAGGAAUUCGGUGCAUUCCUGUUCAAAAUUCUGGCGUUAUGAAUUCUGGUUUUACAAGCACAGAUGUACAUAGAAGUGAUGUAAAUAUUUCUGAUAUCAUUCUAAUGUUCACAACCUUUUCCAGCUUGUUUUCCCCAGCAGUUUUAUUCAAGAAACUAAGCUUUGUUGCAUUGUUUAAUUUGGCACAUUAAACAUAAAUGCAGGUGCCAUCCUUAAUUUUUCUCGAAAAUACUUUAUCAGUUCUCAAACGCUGGGUGAAAAUUAAAUAUAUUCUUGGCUAAAAUUGUACCUCAGAGAAGUUUGAAUGGUUAAGUGCUAUUUAGCUUUGAUAUUAAAUUUUCAUCUAUGAUGGUUGUGUGUGUAUUCAGCAGUUGUACAUAUCUCUCUCUUGUUUCCAUCCAAAAUGCAUCUGUGUGUUCGAGCAUUAACCCUAACCCUCCUCAAUCCUUCACCUGUUGGAGGACUGAGGAGUGUUAGGGUUAAAGAUACUUGCUGUAGGAUUUCUUACUGAAAAGUUUGAAGUAGUGUAGAAAAAUUAAUCUGAAAAACAAAAUCCAAGUUCUACACAUAAAUUUGUAUUCAUAAUACAAACACAGUUUGCCGUCCAUGUAUAUGUAUACUUCCAUACUACGAAUGCAAAUUUGAGAUGGUUUUUGGUUGUAGAGUGUUUUUUGAUGAAUAUGUUCGAUCUAAACACCUUGACUUUUUAAUAUUGCAGUCUUCAAACUAGUGUGACUUAAAUACCACUGCUUUCCGUCCAGAAUUAUAAACAUUCAAAGUAUAUUUUUGGCCUAUGAAGACAUUUCAAAUUGAAAGCUUUAAAUUAAGUGUUACAAAAGGAUGAAUAAAAUGUGAUGUUCAAAAUAAUGGUAGUGAAAGAGAGUGUGAGUUUUAGAUUUGUUUCGUAUUAAAAAGCUGUAUUAAAAAGAAUGAAUGACAGGAACAUGUGAACGUGU